GAUGGGACAGAGCCAGAGGGAGAUGGGACAGAGCUAGAGGGAGAUGGGAUAGAGCUAGAGGGCGAUGGGACAGAGUCAGGGGAAGAUGGGAUAGAGUCAGGGGAAGAUGGGAUAGAGCCAGGCAGAGCUGGGGUUGACUCAUGGGUGAAUGAGAUUGACCUAGAGGAGGUCGGUGUUGACUCGGGAGAGGAGGGGACUGAGCUGGACAUCUCGUGGCUAGAGGCCAGACCAGAUGACAGUCACAAUCCCAACUCAAUCCCCACAAGCUCCCCCUCGCCCUCGUCCUCACACAGCAUCACAACCCCCCAGCUCUGGCAAAGCCCGGCCUACAGCCUUGAGGAUGAGCAUGAACACACACCUGCUGACACGCAAGUCAGGGGAGAAGGGGAGAAGGAGAGCUCGGGGGGCUCCAGCCCGCUGGAGAGCGACGAGGAGGGCUGCCACUGGGUGCAGGCGGUCCUGUUGACCAGAGGCGGCCAGGCUUCGGACGACCGCUCCCCGGAAGAUUCCAGAAGACUUGCUGGCAACCCGGAGUGGGCCAUCACGGACACCAGAAACCCAAGCUCGUCCACAGAGGAGAGCGAGGAGGAGGAGAAGGGGGGGGUGGGGAGAUGGACGGAGGCGGGUUCAAGCCCCAUGGACAGCUCCUCUGAGCCGGGAACGCUGCCCAGACACAUGGUGUUGGAGGUCCCGGACACGCCGUUCCUGCAUCAGGACGUGUGGCAGCAGAACCAGGCCUUCGUCCCCGUCGCCACUCCCGGGACCAGGCAGGACCAGGGCAGAGCCGAGCUCAGAGGCUGCCCUGAACUGAUGUUGAUCACAGCUACGGCUGUGACUGGGCUCUUCACCCCUGAGGAGGGUGGCGCAGCUAGAGAGGUCCCACCCGGCCAGCAGCCAGAGAGCGGUCUCACUCCAACCCUCUCCUGGGGACAAGUCUCUGGGCAACAGGACAGGGAACCAGCACACAGCGAGUUGGCAGCGCAGAGGUGGGAGGUGGAGAGGACGACAGCAGAGGAACUGCCCAUCUGCAGCUCGCACAUGACGGACAUCACGACCGAGAGUAACCAGGGGGCCUGGGAACCCCCCUCCCCCCACCGGGCACCAAGCCCGCAGCCUAGCGACCCCGAGACCCUCGGUCUGCCUGCGGGGGUGGCGGUGACACUCCGGGAGGAGUCUGCGGAGGAGGAGAGCGGAGUCUCUUUGGCGGACAUGCAGCCCCCGGCUGAGACAGUGACUGAACAGGAGUUGGUCACAGAGCGUGGAGAGAGCACGUACAUGCCAGGACCAUGCACACCCAUGGCUGUGAGUGAGUGGGAGGACUGGGCUGGUGCAAGAACAGAAAGUCAGCCUGAAGCAGCCCCGGACACCCCCAACACAGAGGGGACAACAGACGCCAACACCCACCUGAGUAACGGCAAUGUGGUGGACAAGGGGGCAGCACAGAGGCUGGCCAGCAAACUCUACCAUCUGGACGGCUUUAAGAGAACAGAUGUGGCUCCUUACCUGGGGAAAAAUAACGAGUUCAGUCAGACGGUGGCUGAGGAAUACCUGAAGUUCUUUGACUUUACCGGCAUGGACUUGGACCAGGCUCUGAGGAAUUUCCUGAAGGCAUUCCCACUGACAGGCGAGACACAGGAGCGCGAGCGGGUCCUGAACCACUUCUCACAGCGUUUCCACCUCUGCAACCCCCACACCAGCACCAGCCAAGAUGGGGUUCACACACUGACCUGCGCUCUCAUGCUGCUGAACACAGACCUGCACGGUCAGAAUCUGGGGAAGAGCAUGUCAAGUCAGGAAUUCAUCAUGAACCUGGAAGGGAUGAACGAUGGAAAGGAUUUCUCAAAGGACAUCCUGAAGACGCUGUAUCAUUCUAUCAAGAACGAGAAGUUGGAAUGGGCCAUAGACCAGGAGGAUGUACAGAACGCGACAGUGGGAGGAGAGGAGUGCUGUGUGAAGCCAGGCAGUGGGAAGGGAAAGCCCUUUGUACAGUUGCCCCAGGAUCAGAAAGCCGUCACGUACAAACAGGGCUUCUUGAGCCGCAAGACCCAUGCCGAUAUCGAUGGCAAGAAAACUCCCUGGGGCAAGAGGAGCUGGAAAACCUUCUACAGCGUCCUGAAGGGCAUCAUUAUCUACCUGCUGAAGGAUGAGUAUCAGGCUGACAAGCAGUGGUCAGAGGAGGCUAUCAGUGUCCAUCACUCUCUGGCCAGCAGAGCCUCGCGCUACCACAAGAGGCCUCACGUCUUCCAGCUCCAGACAGCAGACUGGCGCAUCUUCCUGUUCCAGGCCCAGAGCGCGGAAGAGAUGAACUCCUGGAUCACACGCAUCAACCUGGUGGCGGCCAUGUUCUCCUCCCCACCGUUCCCGGCUGCCAUCGGCUCCCAGCGGAAAUUCAGCCGCCCCAUCCUCCCUUCCUCCGUCUCCAAACACUCUCAGGAGCAGCAGCUGGCCUCUCACAACGCCUCGCUGCUGAGGGUGAGGGAGGAGCUGGAGGACCACGAGCUGAGCCCCGGGGGCAGGAAGGGCAAAGCCAAGGAGUUGGAGGAGCACAAGGUCAAGCAGGAGUACCUGGAGUACGAGAAGAGCCGGCACGAGAUGUACGUGCGUUUGCUGCGGGCGAAGCUGAGAGCGGGGAGUGAGGACCUAGAUGCUUUGGAGACUCUGCUGUUUGAGUCGCUGGAGGGAGAGGGAGAGCAGGGAGGGAUGAAAAAAUCUCACUCCAGCCCCUCCCUCAAUCUGGAGCAGAAGCCCACCGUCAAAGUCAAGAGGAACGUCUCAGAGAGGCGCACUUACAGGAAGAAAAUCGCUCGUAAACUCAUCUAAACCGCAGACAUUGGUUGCUGAGUGUGAGACAGUGCCAGCCCAGCGCAGUGUGAGCUGGGGGUGGGCGUGUGGCACUGAGCUCCGUGCGGACAGCGCGGUGGGGGGCACCACGGAGCCCAGAGACUGGUGGAGAGAGACCGGCAUUCCUUCCCAAUCCCGCUUGGUAUUCCCGGCCUCUCGGCAAAUGCCAGGAAACCUCUGCUGUACAUAGUGUUUGUGCUGCAGUCCUGGCCUCAACCACUGACUGACUUAACUCUCCACACACACCACCCCCCCUCCCGCUCGCUCUUGCUUUGUGGGGCCGUUUCCCUUUAUCCGCGCACCCCUACUUACUCAGCAGUAAGUAGAAACCUGGUUGUUAGUCGAUU